CGCCUAUUUCGAAUUUUCGGUACCAUAUUCUUUAGGAAUCCAUACACCGAAAAUCGCUUUCUCUAAUCCCUCUUUAUGGCUCAGACGUGUAUUAAAUUAAAUUAAAUUAUUAUUAAUAAAGUAUUAAAAAACAAAAAUGCAAAUUCAAGCUGGAGAAAUGACGUGGAAACUCUAAGAGAACUCCAGGCAAGUGUUGUUCAAAUUCAGACCGUCUCCUUCUCCACCACCGUGAGACUCUCUAAAGUCUUCACUUCCAUCCCAGCUACAAUGGUAAAAGAUCAAAGAGGAAGAAAAGUCGGAGGAGGAGAGAGAAACUUCCUCAUUGGAUUCUCCUGCAAUUACGCCGCCGCCUUCAAACUCAUCACCACCGCACUCCUCCUCCUCUUAAUCUGUACCUGCGCCGUUUUCCUCCAAUUCCUCCCCACUUACUUCUCCCCAUUUUCUUGCUCCACCACCACCUCCGCCGAAACAACCACCGCAUCUCCACCACCACCACCACCACCACCUAAAGAUCAGAUCCUCGAAAACGGCGCGAUAAAGCGAUGGUUCAACCCGUACGGGUCCGGCGCGUACAACUUCAUCCUAAUGUCCGCCUAUCGCGGCGGACCAAACACCUUUUCCAUCAUAGGACUAUCCUCAAAACCUUUCCAAGUCUACGCCCGUCCUACCUACACUUGCCAAUACGAAAACUCCAAUAACAACAACGACUCAUCCAGUAUCGUCAAAGCCUACAAAAUCCUCCCUGACUGGGGUUUCGGAAGAGUCUACACCGUCGUCGUAAUCAAUUGCACAUUCCCUAACAACAUUGCAAACCACCCUUCCGCCACUAGCCGCCUCAUCCUCCACGCCCCAUCCAACGACGGCGCCACCGAUUCCAUCGUCGCCUUAACCGAGCCCCCAAACUCAUGGAGCCCCUCCAAUUUCAUCUCCCCUCCGAAAUACGACUACCUCUAUUGCGGCUCCCCUCUCUACGGCAACCUCAGCCCUCAACGGAUGCGCGAAUGGAUCGCUUACCAUGUUAGACUAUUCGGUACGAAAUCCCAUUUCGUCAUCUUCGAUUCGGGCGGGAUCCACCCGGAAGUACUUGAGGUGUUACGACCCUGGAUGGAACUCGGGUAUGUUACCUUAGAAGAUGUAAGGGAACAAGAGAGAUUCGAUGGGUAUUAUCAUAAUCAAUUCCUUCUUGUUAACGAUUGCUUGCAUCGAUAUCGUUUUGAUGCGAAAUGGAUGUUCUUCUUCGAUGUGGAUGAGUACAUUUAUCUUCCUCCGAAGUUGACUCUCAGAUCUGUGACUGAUUCUCUUCAGGAAUUUACCCAGUUCACUAUUGAGCAGGUUCCCAUGUCUAAUAAGCUCUGUCUUAAUGAAGAUGCUGGCAAAACUUCCAAAAAAUGGGUGAUUGAGAAGCUAGUGUACAGAAACGUAAAGAAAGUAGCAAGGAAGGAUCGGAAAUACGCGGUGCAACCACGAAACGUGUUUGCCACCGGAGUUCACUUGUCUAAGAACUUCGAGGGUGAGUCCGCUCAUUAUCAUACAACCGAAAAGCUCAUUAAGUAUUUCCAUUACCACGGCACCAUUGCUACUCGCCUGGAUACAUGUCAACAGUUUCUCAAUGAGUCUUCUACUACAAUCGGAGACGAAACCCCCUUUGUUAUGGACACUAACAUGAGGUUAAUCGCCCCGAUUGUUAAGAAGUUCGAGCUCGACACCAUUGGAACAAUACUUCAAUCUACAAAGCAAUGACGACAUAUACAACUUACUAACAAUGGGUUGUUGCUGGAAACUGAUUUUUGACACACCAAUUAGUUGAUUUUUGCAAACCCUAUGUGAGAACACAUAAAGCCAUGAUGCACUCAUAAUAGGUGUGUAAAAAUCAAUUUAAUGUUGUCUGUC